GUAAGGGGCUGACAUCUUUAGCUUAAUUUGAAUGAUCCAAGUCAAUCAAAUCCAAAUGUUAUUAAUUCUGUCUAUCUGUUUUUUUAGUCUUUUAAUUAUUUUAUUUUAAAUUUGUGUAUUGUUUAUUAAUUUAAGUGUAUCAAUAAUAUGCCAAGAUCUGAAACAAAUGAGAAAGCUACAGUCGAUUGGGCUGCCACGGUGGAUGUAAAUUCAAUCACUUGGGAUCAUAUUUUGAAAGCAUAUCAACUAAGACUUAAAUCAUGUUCUGUUAAACCUAAUUUUUGCAAGCGAAAUUGCAACAAUAACCCAAAAUGUAUAAGUGGUUUGACAGAGAAUCGUCCAUCCAUUAAUAAGGAAGCCUCUAAUAUUAAUUUAGAGGAUGAAGAAAGGAGAGAACCAGGGUCCUUUGCUGGCUUAAAGAAUCUUGGAGCUACUUGUUAUGUUAAUAGCCUUUUACAGAUUUGGUAUCACAAUCCGUUUUUAAGAGAAGCCAUCUACAAAUGGAAACCAGAAGACGAUGAAAAAGAAAUAUCUGCUCAAUUGAAUAGAGCAGUUUCACUUACUGAUCUCGCCUCGGGUGUACAAUUCAGUCCUGUUUCGCCCAUUGGACAGUUACAGUUAAUAUUUGCCCGAUUGCAAUUUAGCGCCCGGCGUUAUGUUGAUCCAACCCAAUUUAUAAAUAGCCUGCAACUUGAUGUGUCACAGCAACAGGAUGCCCAAGAAUUUAGUAAACUUUUCUUAACCCUACUUGAAGAAGAUCUCUCCACUCAAAAGGACGUCAAAGUGAAAAAUAUUGUCCAAACCCAAUGCUGCGGAGAAUACGAAUAUGUCACAAGAUGUAGCAAUUGCGGAACGGAAACCACCUCAUCAUCAAAGUUUUAUGAACUAAGUCUUAACAUAAAAGGACAUAAAGAUAUUCAUCAAUGUCUAGAUGAAUUUUUUUCGCCUGAAAUCUUGGAAGGAAGUAACCAAUACUAUUGUAAUACCUGUGAAAGCAAGCAGAACGUGAUCAGAACCAUUAGGCUGCGAAAAUGUCCGCCUUACCUCAAUCUUCAACUUCUCCGGUUUAUCUAUGAUCGCCAGAAAAACUGUAGACGGAAGCUCAAUUCAUCAAUUAAUUUUCCUCUUACCCUGGACAUGAGAAAAUAUUUUCAAGAAACUGUAACUGGUUGCACAGAGUACCAUUUAUGUGCCGUUCUGGUUCAUAGAGGACAAUCAGCACACUCAGGUCAUUACAUGACUCACAUUAAAGAUCGAGAAACUGGAGAUUGGUAUAAAUUUGACGAUGAAUUUGUUGAGAAAACGGAAGGAAAUUUAAUUGAACUAUGUGCAGAUGGGUCAAAGGAAACCUCGACAGGCAUGACCACAACAACGACAACAACCACAACAACCACAUCAUCUUCAUCAUCCUCUUCAUCGUCUCCUUCAUCAUCGUCAACCUUAGUAUCAUCAGCAACAUCAUCAAGUUUACCCUCCAUAGGAACUCCUUUAGCUGAAAAUUCAUCAACAAAUUUACUCUCACCAUCCACUUCAUCCUCAUCUCAAUCCCUAUCAACACCAACUGUUACAAUAGCACCAGAACCAGCACCAGUAACAAUAACAGCUACAGCAACUACAACAACCACAACAACGUCAAGUAAAUCGACGGAUAAAGAAAUAUCAAAAUUCAGUAAAGGUUCAUCGGUGCCGUACAUGUUGGUCUAUAAAAAUGCAGUACUUGAUGACAAAAAAUUACCUUCAGAUAGUUCAGUUCAAUGGGAUAUUCCGGAAUAUUUACAAACCAUUGUGGUGGAAGAAAAUAGUAUAUUUGAAGACCACCUCGAAAUCAAAAGGAAGGAAAGGGAACAACGGUUAGCCCAGAACAGGGAAAAACAAGAGGAAAUGUUAUCUAUUUACAAGAAACUGAUUAUUAAAGAUGAACCAUUUGAAUGUAUAAACAAGAAUUGGCUUCAAGACUGGUCAAAUAGUGAUUCAAAAAGUACCUCAGAUCCCUGUGAACCCUGUUUUGAUCAACUAGUUGAAAAGGAAAUGGAUAAAAUGUUAAAUUUCAAAGAUGAGAAAAUCUAUAUAAGAAAGAUUCAGAAAAAAACAGAUGACCAACAAGAACCCGAUGCCGACGAUGAUAGCUGUGAUUCAUCAUUCCUCGGUACAACUCGUAAAAAGAUGAAAAGUCAGCCUGGAAGUGAAUCUCAGUCUAUUCAAAGUCUUUCUGCUCAAGGUAAAGCCCCUAGGCGAAGCUCAAGGAUAAGAAAAUAUCGAGAUGAACGUGAAUUUACCGUCUCUUCAAUGCAAACCUUACUUUCACUUAAAAUUGAGAUUAUGCAUGAGUUUAAGGUUGCUCCUUUUGAUCAGGAAUUAUUUCUUGAUGAAGUGCCUUUACAAGGAAAUGAACGGACUCUCGGUGAACUCAAAGUGGUUCCCAAUUGCCUAAUUUAUUUAAAGGUUGAUGAACCAAGUUGUAUUGAUCCAUCAUUUUUGGAAGAAGAUUAUAUCAAAGAUCCUGUUCCUGAAACUGGAUUCAAGGGAACUCAACUGCAAAAAUAUUGAUGAAAUUGCUGAGCAACAAUUAAAAUGAGAGACAAGAAGGAAAUGGAAAAGACGAAGAUGAUGAAGAAUCGAAUCGAUGUUGAUUAUUGUUAAUUUGAACAAACAAUUAGCCACUAAUGUUAAACUUGUUAUACUUUUUUAUCGCUACUUAUUUAAAGUCCAACUCGACAUCACUUUCAUUUUUGGCCUGACGUUGAAUCAAUUUAAAGUAUAAUACAAAAGGACAAAAACCUGGAGAAGGCAAAAAACGAAACACAAAAAAAAAACUUAAAAGGCUAAAAAAACAUCAACAACAUCAAGUUGACUUUACUCAGCGAAUAACCGUUCGAA